UUCCCAGAAUUCCCUACGAUCUGGUGCGACCAGCACGCAGGAACUACAACUCCCAGGAUUCGGCACGCGCCCCGGGGGCGGGGCCUUCUGGCGGCGACCCCCGCGAAAAGGAGAUGGCAGAGGGAUCAGGGUCUCGGCGUCGCUCGCUGUAUAAACUGGUGGGCUCGCCGCCUUGGAAAGAGGCUUUCAGGCAGGGAUGCCUGGAGAGAAUGAGAAAGAGCCGGGACAGGCUCCUGAACAAAUAUCGGCAGGCUGGAGGCAAUAUGUCAGGAGGACCUCAGAACACCUUUCUAGUGCAGGAGGUGAUGGAAGAAGAGUGGAAUGUUUUGCAGUCGGUGGAGAGCUGGCCAGAGGCCUUGGCUCAGUUGGAGGAGCCGCUGGACCUGGCCGUGCUGGAGGAAAUCCAACAGGAGCUGAUUGAUCAAGUGGUGAGACAUAGGACUCACUAAAUAUUUCUCUUGGGGUAUAUUUAAUUUAAAAAUCUGUAGUGAUAAGAAUUUGCUGUGUUCUGCCAUACUCAGUCGUAAGGAACCCUCUAGAAUAGAGGUUGGCAAACUUUCUGUGAGGGGCCAGAUAGUAAAUAUUUAGGCUAUUGCAGCUACUUAGUUCUGCUGUUGUAGUGUGAAAACAGCUAUAGCCCAUACAUAAACCAAAUGAGUGUGGCUGUUCCAACUUUACUUAAAAAAUGGAAGGUGGGGGACUUUCCUGGCGGUCCAGUGGUUAAGACGCCACGCUUCCACUGCACGGGCACGGGUUCGAUCCCUGGUCGGGGAACUAAGAUCCUGCAGGCCCUGUGACAUGGCCAAAAAUUUUUUAAAAAUUAAAAAUGGGAGGUGGGCUGGAAUGGCCUGUGGGCUGUGGUUUGCUGACCCCUGCUCCGAAGUCUAGAUGGUGAGCUCAUCGAGAGCGGGGACCAGCCUUUUUCAUCUCUGUACCCCAGGCCUACUAAGUACUAGGGCUUGUUGCGUGUUUGCUACACACGUUCUGAACAACACAGAGCCUGAGUCUGUGCACACUGGCGAGCGGCUCACCUUAGACUCAGCCAGGUGGGCCUGGCGUCCGAAGCCGGCAGCGUCCGCGUUCUCCCGCUGCCCCUGGGACCCUGACACUCUUCAUCUCUGCUCCUGUGGCCUCUGGAGAUGGGUGUGAAAGUUGUCUGUCUCUCAGCCUCAUCACUUCACAAGGAGAGGACAGACAGGAGGAGAAAGAUCCAACAAGAUGAAGCCUGAGCAGUAAAUAUCUAGCGAUUGGUAGUGUGAUUUUGCCCGCAUUUUUCUCUCGUGUGGAUGACGCCUUUGAAAGGGAAGCUUAGCGCUCAGGACAGGGUGACCCAGGUGACGUGCGGUGAAACACGCCAGCUGUCCUUUGCC